UCGGCGUCCGGCCGGGCCGCCUGGCCUCGGAGCGGAGCCCAGCCGGGUUCGCGCGACGUCUGGGCCGAGCGAGUACUUGAGAAUCCCGUUACUAUGAGUCUGCUAAACUGUGAAAACAGCUGUGCGUCCAGCCAGUCUGAGAGUGACUGCUGCGCUGCCAUGACCAGCUCCUGUAGCGCUGCAGCAAAAGAUGACAGCAUGAACACAACAGCCAGCACGGGGAACCUCUCGAGCUCUUUUAUGGAAGAGAUCCAGGGAUAUGAUGUGGAAUUUGACCCGCCCCUGGAAAGCAAGUAUGAGUGCCCCAUCUGCUUGAUGGCAUUACGGGAAGCAGUGCAAACACCAUGUGGCCACAGGUUCUGCAAAGCCUGCAUUAUCAAGUCAAUCAGGGAUGCAGGUCACAAAUGUCCAGUUGAUAAUGAAAUAUUACUGGAAAAUCAACUAUUUCCUGACAAUUUUGCAAAACGAGAGAUUCUUUCUUUGAUGGUAAAAUGUCCAAAUGAAGGUUGUUUGCACAAAAUGGAACUGAGGCAUCUUGAGGAUCAUCAAGCACAUUGUGAAUUUGCUCUUAUGAAUUGUUCCCAGUGCCAGCGUCGCUUCCCCAAAUAUCAGAACCAUGUUCACACUCACAGUGAAUGUCCAAGAAGACAGGUUUCUUGUGAAAACUGUCUUGUGUCAAUGCCAUUUGAAGAGAAAGAGGUCCAUGAUGAGAACUGUCCUUUGGCAAAUGUCAUUUGUGAAUACUGCAAUACCAUGCUCAUCAGAGAACAGAUGCCUAAUCAUUAUGAUCUUGAUUGUCCUGUUGCCCCAAUUCCAUGCACGUUUAGUGCUUUUGGUUGCCCUGCAAAGAUGCAGAGGAAUCACUUGGCACGCCACCUCCAAGAGAAUACUCAGUUGCACAUGAGAAUGAUGGCCCAGGCUGUUCAGAAUCUAAGCCUUGCCUUAGCUCCCAUGCCCCAGCCUGAUCUCCAUCCCUAUGAGCCUUCCUGUGCAUCUCAGGCUUCCUCUGGGUGUCACCCAGAGGUCCAGAAUUUCCAAGAAACCAUUCAACAGUUAGAGGGUCGCCUUGUAAGACAAGACCAUCAAAUCCGAGAGCUUACUGCUAAAAUGGAAACUCAGAGUAUCUAUGUAAAUGAUCUCAAGCGAACUAUCCGUGCCCUCGAGGACAAAGUUACUGAAAUAGAAGCACAGCAGUGCAAUGGGAUUUACAUCUGGAAGAUUGGCAACUUUGGGAUGCACUUGAAAUCUCAGGAAGAGGAGAAACCUGUUGUCAUUCACAGCCCUGGCUUCUACACAGGCAAACCCGGAUACAAACUUUGCAUGCGUCUGCACCUUCAGUUACCAACUGCUCAACGCUGUGCAAACUAUAUCUCUCUCUUUGUCCACAUAAUGCAAGGAGAAUAUGACAGCCAUCUUCCUUGGCCCUUCCAAGGUACAAUACGCCUUACAAUUCUUGAUCAGUCUGAUGUACCUAUAAGACAAAAUCAUGAAGAAAUUAUGGAUUCCAAACCAGAGCUGCUUGCAUUCCAGAGACCCACAAUCGCCCGGAACCCAAAAGGUUUUGGCUAUGUGACUUUUAUGCAUCUGGAAGCCUUAAGACAAAGGACCUUUGUUAAGGAUGAUACUCUGUUAGUACGCUGUGAGGUCUCUACCCGGUUUGAUAUGGGUAGUCUUCGGAGAGAAGGUUUUCAGCCACGAAGUACUGAUGCAGGGGUAUAACAUCUUUUCAUUGGUUAAAAAAAAUUAGCAGCUAAAGAAGCUGAAAGAAGGCCUUUCUUGUCAUGUUCUCAAUAAUAAUAUGCAACAAAGUAAUGGGAGGAAUGUAAUACCUACCUGUGAAUGUUGUCAGAAAGGUUACUUUCCA